AUGUCCAUCAAGUUGUACACCGAACCCUCAAGCACAUUGCACCAGGAGUUUGCAGAUUCAGAAAUGAAUCUGCAAAGUGACGUUCUUUUCAAACGAGCGGUCGUUACAGCAGGAACCUGGAUCUUAUACACUUAUCCAAACUUCAAUGACAAAGAAUCUGGUGGCAGCCGAUCAAAUUACAAGAUAUUACAGCUAGGAGCAGAUGAAGAUAUAACUGGCGUCAAUGGCUCCAUGUACCUGGUGAAGGACCAGACAGAAGGAAUUAUUUUGUUUAAACACGUCUUCUACGGUGGAGAGAGGAAGGUAAUGCAUUAGGAAUAUAAUAAAUAACCUUAUCAACUGCUAUCAAUAGCAAACACUUCAACUGUGAAAACCUAUGGUCUCUUUGUUACUCUUCGCGAUUUCUAAUAUAAAGAGAGCACAAAUAGCUCAAACCUCACUGGCCUCCCAUCUGGGGACAGUAACUAAUACUUAAGGACGUGAGACAGCAAAGAGUGUGUUUUUUUCUUUAGUUCGUGGUCAGGAUAAAAAAUUUUCGAUGCCUUUUGUAUUGAACUGGACUUGUUUUGUGAAUUCUGAUCUAGAAUCAUUAGUUUUAAAAGUAACUAGUUGAAUAAAUGAAUAAUCUUGCAAUUCAAUGUUCUUCUUAGACGUAAAAUUGCAUAUAAACUAAUAUAGUACAACAUAACUUUUUUUGACUUGGUUAUUUCCGCUCAGACAUGCAAUUUUUGAAGACAGUGUGUUCUGAAACAAAUGCUGAUUCGGCCCAGCUGAGAUCUGUAAAAGUGAUCAGAUUUUAGUUAGGAUCAAUGGCCUGAAAUCUGGUGUGGAAAUUUCUGCGUUUUGGUCUGAAUGAUGGCGGUCCGGAGUAAUUCGCGGGUUCUCAGAGGCGCGGUACGAACUCCCACUUAAAGGUUGUCUGUUACACCCUCCAUCCACUUCGGGAACCAGCUUAUAUUUUACAACGGACAUAUCGAACCAACUUGGUGAAUUCCAUCUCGGUUCAUUAGAAAUAAUGUGUUAGCUUGUUUACACGUGUUAUAUUUAACAGAAGUCUAAUUGAUGCUAAUCCAAACCUGACGGUUGUCUUUACCUAUGACCUUAAAUCUGAGUGCUAUGUUUUUGUGAUCAUUUCUUGAAGUGGUUUGAAGAAAGUUGCGCAGAUGUGAACAGUCUUUUCGAAAGUGGAACAGAUGGAGGCGUCUCCUCAGUCAUCGUGUUAUCUAAGAACCAGUCCUUUGACAUCUUCACCAAAAUCAACUAUAAAGGUCUGCAAACUGCUCUGAAACCAGGAAUGUGGUGUGACACUCCACAAGCCAUGGGAUUCCCCAACGACAAGAUGCAGAGCUUCCGCAUGAUUUGA